ACAUUCCUGUCGGCUACCACGAUUAAUUUUUAUCAUACACCAACUAUCGAAAGGCAAGAGGCAUGAUUGCAUGAAUGACUAACAGUUUUUCGUUUGCACUUUACUGUCUUUACUAAUUUGUUGGUUGGAAUUUGGAUAACGUGCGUUAUAAUUAAAUUGUUUGUUAAAUAUUUACUAAACAAGUAAACAACUUUAAUAUUUAAUAUUUCGUCUAGUGUUUUAUAAAUAUGAGUAAUCAAGAGAAUCAACUGUCAGACAUGUUAGAAGUUUACAUAUGUACAAAAUUGUCAGAACCGGAAAUUAACACGAGGAGGUACAGAAAAGGUAUGACGAUUCAUGAUCUUAAAAACAAAUUGGAAAUGAUCACUGGGCGAUCAGCUGGUACGAUGAUACUUUCGGCUUACGAUAAAGAUAAGUUAGUAGCCAAACUGGAUGAUGACGAUUCACAGUUGGGAUCAUAUCCUGUUGAAAACAACAUGUUUCUACUGGUCGAUGAUCCAGCAUAUGACACAUCUGAUCAGGAUGAUAUUGAUGGUUACAAAAUGACCGAGGAAGAAUAUAAUGCCAAACAAGAAACAUUGAAAAGCUUUUUAAAGAAUAACAAGUUAGGAAAAUAUAAUCCAGAAUAUCUGAAACAACGAGAACAAGAAGAAUUGGAAAAAGAACAACAAGAGAAUAUUGAAAAAGAACAAAUUGACAAAAUGGAAAUUGGACAGAGGUGUUGUAUAAGACUACCAAACAAACCUGUUCAACAUGGCACAGUCAUGUACAAAGGGCGUUUAGAUGACAAAGCUGGUUAUUGGGUUGGAGUUAAGUAUGAUGAACCAUAUGGCAAGCAUGACGGUUCUUUAAAUGGAAAGCAGUAUUUUGAAACACUCCCUAAGUAUGGAUCUUUUGUUACUCCUUCGGCAGUCGAAAUUGGUGAUUUUCCAGUUCUCGACGAUGAACUUUAAACAUUCCUUAUAUCUUGGUAUACACUAUUAUUGUUCUCAUUAUUUAGCUAACAUCAAUGAAUUAGUUUUAAUACUUUUUUUAUACACUUUAUUUUUUUCUAUUAAUACUGUUUAACAACAUUAGAGGUGAUUUAGAUUCAUAUUUUUUUUUAAAUCUUAAUCACUUAUAACUUUUUUAAGAAAUGUCCAUUAAUAUUUCUAGUAUUGCUUGUGAUAAAUAAAUAAUAUUUAAUUUAA